AAGGAGGCUAAUCGAAACACUGGAAUUGCCUCUUUUUCACUCCGGACACCCUCAAGCAAAAUAAAAACAUGGCGGCAAAAAAGAACAGCGGCUCGAAGCCCGCGCGAAGCAGCAGCGGAGCAAACACCUUUUCUAUCAUCGCGCUUGUUAUCGCCAUUUUUUCAGCCAUUGUUUACUUUAUGGAACAAAAUCUCCAAAAUUUCUACGUUUUCGACACACAACAACUGCACGAGCUUUCCAAGAGGGCGAUCUCAAACCACGGAAACGACACUAGGGCUGUUGUUGCUCAAAUUGUUGGCGAACUCAGCCAGGGUCCUGCAGGCUCCUAUGUUAACCUGGAUGAGGAAUGGGUGUUCAAUAACGCGGGUGGCGCUAUGGGUGCCAUGUACAUCAUUCAUGCCAGUAUUACCGAGUAUUUGAUCAUUUUCGGGACUGCCAUUGGAACUGAAGGACACUCUGGCCGCCACACUGCAGACGACUAUUUCCACAUCCUCAAGGGUACUCAGACCGCCUAUUCGCCUGCUGCCGGUCACUAUGAGCCCGAGAUCUACCCUCAGGGCAGUGUCCAUCAUUUGCGCCGCGGGGAAGUUAAACAAUACAAGAUGGAUGACGCUUGCUUUGCCCUUGAGUAUGCUCGUGGUUGGAUUCCUCCCAUGCUUGGGUUCGGCUUUGCAGAUGGACUCACCAGCACCCUCGACUUCCCUACCCUGUGGCAUACCACCAGGAUCACUGGCAGAGAGAUGCUGUCGAACAUGGCCAAAGGAAAGCUUUAAUGUAAUGAAUAAUAUAGACUUCUAGAAUUAGGU